CUCACCACCAACUGCUGCUCCACACCGCCGCACACAGGACUGACUGAAAGUAGCAGCAGCAAAGGUGAUGGCUGACUAAAGGGUUUUUAUAGUAUCCAGACUACAACAGGAGAAGUCAGUCCCCUAGUAGCCAGCGUACUGCAGGAGUAGGCGGAUUUGUAGUGUGGUGGCCUAAUAUGGCGUGUUGUAAUGUAAAGAAGACUAGGUUCCAUUGGAAGGCUCGAACGGAGAGGUAAAAACAGGUUUUACUAAGGGCGCACACCGCUAUGGUAUUGACUUCCUGUAGAGCGUUCCUGCUGCAUCACACACUUCCAUUAAAGGUGGAGAAUACAUUUAGCUACUUAGAAAUAAAUGACAUCGAUAUUCAAGAUCUUAGACUGGUGGUCUUAGGAACAGAAACCUCUUUUUAUCCAUUUCAGUUUAUGUGGGCGGAGGACCUUGAACAAGUAGUGAUCUGUGUUACAUCGGCCAUAAGAAAAAUAUUUCCGAAUUUAUCUCCUGGACCACUAAUAAGAAAAAAUCCAGAGCUACAAGACAAUUAUACAUGGAUUUCUAAUCAUCUAGAAGACUGUACAAGUAACCAAGGACCUUGUGGAGGAUUUUCUGAGACAUAUGCUGCAUUGUGUGAUUACAAUGGAUUUAUUGUUCGAGAAGAAAUUCAGUGGGACAUUGACAACAUAUAUCACAGCCAAGGAUCCAAAGAGUUCAAUUUGUUAGAUUUCAUUCACUUGGAUACUGGGAUGCCAUGGCUGGCAGGGGACAUCAGAACACCGAUUGAGCGGCAAAGAGGCAGCGAUGUGGCACUGGCAGUAGCUUCACUGUCAUUCAAUCAGUGGUUCACAAAACUUCAUUGCAAAGAUUUCCGUUUGAAACCAGAGAUUUGUAAGCAAAUUGUAUAUGUAUUAGGAAGAUCAAAGAACAUCGAAGAACUCGUUUUGGAGAACUGUGGAUUUAAAUGUGAAUUUGCCAUCAAGAUUGCUCAGACACUUGAUAACAAUGCCAACACUAUGCUCAAGACCAUAAAUCUUUCUGGAAAUCAUAUAGAAGAUAAAGGAAUUGCAGUAAUUAGCCAACAUUUUGAAAAGCGUCAGCAAGUUUUACAGCAUCUUAAUCUUGCAAGAAUUUCAGUAACAGCAAAAGGUAUCAGCAGUUUAUGCCAAUCCCUUACUUUAAAUCCCUCAUGUAGUAAAUUUCUUUGCCACCUUGACCUUUCUGGGAACCAUGGCAUUUUUGCCACAGAAGAUUCCAGUAAUGUCUUUAACUUCCUAACUCAUUGCACAUCCCUAUGCCAUCUUAACCUUUCUGGAACAGACUGUGCUGUACAUUCUCUGUUUGAAUCCUUACAUCAUGGAUGCUGCUCAAGCCUGUCUUAUCUGAAUGCUUCAAGAAAUGUGUAUUCCCACAGGAAAGUGAAAGACCUAUCCCCUACUAUUACAUUUUUAAACAACGCCCUUGCACUCCAACAUCUUAACCUAUCUGGAACAAAACUACCACCAGAUGCAUUAAGAGCAAUAUUCCAGGGUUUGGCAAUUAAUGAAAAAAUAUCUAAUCUUCACAUGGACCUUAGUAAUUGUGAGCUCCGUUCCUCUGGUGCACAAGUGAUACAAGACAUGAUCGUUGAUGUCAGUUCUGUGAGCUCUUUGGAUAUAUCUGGAAACGGAUUUAACUCUGAGAUGGUAACACUGAUAUUAUCAGUUGGAAGAAGUAGAUCCAUAAACCAUUUGUCUCUCGGCAAAAACUUCAGUUCAAAGUUCAACACUUCUGUCACAGAUAUACUUCACCGGAUUGUUCAACUGCUACAAGAUGAUGACUGUACAAUUCACUCUCUGUCUCUGGCUGAUUCAAGAUUAAAAUCAGGAACCAAUGUUAUUCUGAAUGCUCUGAGAAACAGCAGCAACCUUACCAAGAUAGAUUUAAGUGGAAAUUUAAUGGGAGAUCCUGGAGCAAAGCUAUUGGCAAAAGCCUUACACAUUAAUGGAAAACUGAAAACACUAAUUUGGGACAGAAAUAAUACAACAUCUGUUGGAUUCCUUGAUGUGGCACAUGCCUUAAAAAGGAAUUUUACACUAAUGACAAUGCCUUUACCAGUAAGUGACAUAUCACAAGCACAUCGAAUGAAUCCACAAAAAACAGAAGAGGCCUUACUACAGAUUCAAGAUUAUCUCCAGAGGAACAAUAAACUUACCAAUAGCAUUACUGGAAACACCAUUAUAUCUCAAGAGAAGAAAUGCCUUCCAGCAUCACCCAGACCUCUGACAAAUAUUGAACAUGAAUUUCAAGAGGCCAUUGAAUCCUUAGAACAAUAGCAGAUCUCUACAUAAGGAGCGGUAGUUAAUGAUACUAGCUUAAAAGAUGAAUGAAUCAGAGCGUAAGCUCUGCACUUACUUGUGUACAUCACCUUUGCCUUUAUAUUUUUGCUAAAAUUUGUGAGGCAAUGCAUCCUCAAAAGGAAUAUUGUCGCUUGUGUUAUGAUUGUGUUAAAGCUGUGUUAAACAAUAAACCUACAUAAACAA